GGAUGGCCCUGCUGAACUAUACUCAGUUAAUGUUAGUCUCACCUGUUCCAAGAUGAGAGAGAAGGUGGUGAAAGAGAAUCCGAAGGUGGUAAAAGAGGAGAAGGAGGAGAAAGAGAACGGAAAUGAGGAGGUGAAGGAAGAAAAAGAGGAGAAUGAAGAGAUGGCCCAGGACGAAGAUGAUAAAGUAGUGGAAGAGGAAGAAGAGGAUCCUGUUGGGAUGCUCCCUAAGGAAGCAUGUUUGGAGGCUCUCGCUGAACUCAGGCACGCUAAAUGGUUUACUACAAUGGCGGGACCCCUGGAGUCAUGUGCUGAAUCUAUUCGAAUCUUCAAGGAUAUGUCGAGACGUGUUCCAGCCUUUGCUUGCAUAGGAGACUGGGGGAUAGAGUUGCUUUGUGAGCGAUCCAUUGCGACUUCACUCGAACCACCCACCCCUAGUCUAGCGAUUCUCAGAUGCUUGGAGGUUCUUGCAAGCGGACUGCUAUCAGCAGAUGGUUUUGGGAUUAAGGACCCCUGUGAGCGUGAAGCGCGUGAUGUGUGCGUAUCUCUGACCCCUCAAGAGCGCGAGGAUAUUACUGCGCUUGCACAAGAUUAUGUCAGGAAAAUCCACUUCAGGAAGAUGUGGCAGGUUCUUGGAAUUGAGAAAUCCCCAUCCUACAAGGAGAGAAAAGCAGCUCAGGAGGCAAAAGCCAAAGAAGCUGCACAGAAAGCUGCUCAGGAGGCUAAAGCCAAGGAGGCCGCCGAGGACACGGUUAAAACUGAGGUCAAGACCGAAUAGAGAUAAACUUGACCAGGGGUCUAUAUUCUACCUAAAAAUCAACCUUGUAUAGAAAUUUUUUUGUUAAAAAAGGCUGAUAUUUUUCAUGUAAAAUUUACACCCCUGUUCUUAACGACUUUUUUUCCAGACCCGUAUUCAAUGUAGCUACACAGUACACAUGAUACACACUUCUCCACUUCAUUUUUUUUUCUAGAAAUAAUUUUUUUUAAAUAAAUUACCUGAUACAACUAGGCGGUAAUGGGGAGAGUUAAAAAAUGAAAAAACGGGAAUUUUUGUCAGAGGUAAAGAAAAAAAGUUCCAAAAAAA